UGGCGUUAGUAAAUUUCUGUGUUUACGGUUCUUUCCGGCAUCUUUUUUUCAUCGCCAUAUGCGUUUUUCAAGAAAAGUUAAAACGCAAUAAAUUUGCACAAGAAAAUGAUACCUAAACUCUCAAUUAUCGUGUGUAUCAUCAUCCAGACCAUCGUCUGCUGCUGUCUGGCCGAACAGCCAGCGCAGGACACCGGUGUGUUGCCCGAGGGCUUCGUUGACGCCACCCAACGCUCGACGCACACCAACAACUGGGCCGUGCUGGUGGAUGCGUCCCGUUUCUGGUUCAAUUACCGGCAUGUGGCCAACGUGCUGUCCAUCUAUCGAUCGGUGAAACGCCUGGGCAUUCCCGACUCGCAGAUCAUCCUGAUGAUUGCCGACGAUAUGGCCUGCAAUGCCCGCAAUCCGCGCCCCGGUCAGGUAUAUAAUAACGCCAAUCAGCACAUCAAUGUGUAUGGCGACGAUGUGGAGGUAGACUAUCGUGGCUACGAGGUCACCGUGGAGAACUUUGUGCGUCUGCUUACGGGGCGCACGCAGAACGGAACGGCGCGCUCCAAGAAGCUGCUCUCGGAUGCCGGCAGCAAUGUUUUGAUCUAUUUGACGGGCCACGGCGGUGAUGGUUUCCUGAAGUUCCAGGACUCGGAGGAGAUUACCAGCCAGGAGCUGGCCGAUGGCAUUCAGCAGAUGUGGGAGAAGAAGCGUUACAACGAGCUGUUCUUCAUGGUGGACACCUGCCAGGCGGCCUCCCUGUACGAGAAGUUCACGUCACCGAAUGUCCUGGCGGUGGCCAGUAGCCUGGUGGGCGAGGAUUCGCUGUCGCAUCAUGUAGAUCCCUCGAUUGGCGUUUACAUGAUCGAUCGUUAUACUUAUUACGCACUGGAGUUCCUCGAGAAGGUGCAGCCCUUCAGCAAGCGCACAAUUGGCGAGUUUUUGCAAGUGUGCCCCAAGCGGGUCUGCAUCUCGACGGUGGGCGUGCGCAAGGAUCUGUAUCGCCGCGAUCCGCACAAAGUGCCGAUAACAGACUUCUUCGGCGCUAUUCGACCCACACGCGUCUCCACCGAUCGCAUCAACGUGACUCUAGCCAACGAGGACGACUUUAUUGGUAUCCCGCCGGAGACGGAGGAGAAGGUGGUGAGUAAGACCUUCAAGAUCGUCAUUGAACCCCAGUUCCCUUCAGAGUUCUUUAAAUAAAAAGAGAAACAGAAGAAAAAAACAAACCCUCUUUGAAUAAAAAGAGAAACAGAAAUAAAUUCAAGCCCACGACGACACUAGCAUUCAUGUGAUAAUAUUAGAUUUUAUUCGUAAAUACAUCAUUUCAUUAUAUUAA